UUCACCUUCAUUCUUCACUACCAACAGCCGCAUCUCUUUUGUUCCCCGCAACCUCAUCUGAUUUCUGUCCUUGGUCAAGCCAGUGACUUAAGCCAUCUCACCAACGCAUGAGAAAUCCUACGAUACCGCCUCGAUAACUAGGCUGAAGCCGGUCGACAUACCCCUCGCAUCCCACUGACUCACUAUGGCGGCAAAGUCGGGCGCUGCUGGUGGCUUUGCGCCGGUUCUCACGGCAUUACGAACGAUGCAGAGUAAUGUCGCAGGUAAAGAGAAGUCAGAUGCGCACGAGUACCUCGAGAAGUUCCAGAAAUCGUCUGAAGCAUGGAAUACUACACAUGCGAUGCUACAAGACUUCUCGAUACCAGUCGAGGCUAGGUUGUUCGCAGCAACGACUUUGAAGGGAAAGAUUAUCUACGACCUUCAUCAGCUUCCCUCAGAAGCCCUGACGCCACUCAGAGACUCCCUCCUAUCUCUCCUUCAACUCUAUCUGGGCGGACCGAGACCGAUCCGGACGCAAUUAUGCAUAUGUCUUGCAAGUUUGGCAAUUCAGUUGACAGCCUGGAAGGACGUUUUGAAUACGGUGGGCACGGCGGUUGGCAAUAGUAGUGAUGGCGGAGAUUGUCUACUCGACUUCCUGCGAAUCCUGCCUGAAGAGGUCACAGAAGGCCGCAAAAUCAACCUUUCAGAAGAGGAACUUGCCGAAAGAACAAAGGAACUCCUCGAGGACAACUCCACCCAGGUCUUGAAUCUCUUGGUUUCCUAUGCACAGUCGUCUACCCAAGCAGCCCAUAACCCACGGCUUUACUCUUGCAUCGCCUCCUGGCUACGAGAAAUUCCGACUAUCGAUGUGGUAAACUCUCCUUUAUUGAACGAGAUCAUUGACGCCAUCAACGACAAUGAUUCAUUUGACGCAGCGGUGGAUUGCCUUUGCACCAUGUUCAGAGAUACCCGGGAUGUCGAUGAAUCUUUAAGUGUCAUUAAGAUCCUAUACCCCCGAGUCAUUGCGCUACGGCCCAUGAUUGCGCAAAGUGCCGCUCUCGAAGACAAUGAUCUCAUGAAGGGCAUUACGAGGCUGUUUUCCGAGGCUGGAGAGGCAUGGGUGGUUCUCAUCGCACGUAUGCCAGCAGACUUCCGCGACCUUGUCGAAUGUGUGCUGGAAUGUUGCAUGCGCGAUAAAGACCGGGAGGCGAUCUCGGUCACAUUUGUGUUCUGGUACGAACUUAAACAGUGUCUGACUCUUGAGAAGUACAUAUCAGCUAGAGCUUCUCUAGCAGACUUGUACUUGAGGCUGGUUGACGUUAUGGUCAAGCACCUUGAAUUCCCAACCCCGGAAGAUGGCAACGAGAAGGACCUGUUUGACGGUGACCGAGAACAAGAAGACAAAUUCCGCAGCUUCAGACACAACAUGGGCGACGUCUUGAAAGACUGCUGUGAAGUCAUUGGCGUCACACAAUGCCUUACGAAGGCGUAUGCUCUGAUACAAGCUUGGGGACAAAACUAUGCUUCCCAGGUAUCGGGGACACAUGUUCCACAUUGGCAGGAACUGGAAGCACCUCUUUUCAGCCUGCGAGCCAUGGGGCGCAUGGUCGAUCCUGAGGAGAGCUCGGUGCUUCCCAAUGUCAUUCCCCUUCUUACCACAGUGCCGGAUCAUGAAAAGCUGAAAUUUCAAGCAAUCAUGGCUCUGGCUCGCUACACUGAAUGGACAUCUCAACAUCCAGAGACGCUCGAAGCACAACUCAACUACGUCAUUUCCGGCUUUAGCCACAACUCACAGGAAGUCGUCCAGGCUGCAGCUCUAGCUUUCAGAUUCCUGGGGACUGAUUGUCAGAGACUCCUUGGUGACCAUAUCCCGCAGCUACAUCAAUUCUACGAGAGCGUUAUUGACAAGCUCAAACCUUCGAGUCAAGAAGAGGUCACUGAAGGAGUUGCAGCAGUUGUCGCUGUUCAGCCGGUCAGCAAGAUCUACGAAACGCUGAAAAUGUUCUGUGACCCAGUCAUGAGCCGAGUGGUAUCACUUGCUCAACAGGCCAAGGAUGAAAAUGCCGAAAAGACGGUUGCUGACUAUCUAGGACUCCUCACGAUUUUCUUCGACUAUGUACAGCCUUAUAUCUCACCACACGAGCCGAAUCCAGCUGUCAAAUACUGCCAAGAAAUCCUGCCAGCUCUCUCGGGCAUAGCGAAGCAUUUUACUCGAUCAGUGCCGAUAUUAGAACGAGUUUGCAAAUGUUGGCGGGUGAUGGUCAUCUCUUACCGAACUGCGACUGCUCCUCUUCUUGGGACGCUGGCCAGCAGCAUUGCAGAGGGUUUCGAGGCAUCAAGACAAGGCUGCUUCCUAUGGGCAACUGAUGCUGUUAUCCGAGAAUUCUCUUACGGUGCCGAGUUCGUGGACGAAGCGACUAGCGAUAAUGUCUUCCGGUUCUUUGCUCAACAAGCCACGGUCUUCUUCAAGAUCCUAACAGAACUACAACCCGUCGAACUUCCAGACGUGAUUGAGGAUUUCUUCCGUCUCGCCUCCGACGCGGUUAGGUUCUAUCCCAACAAAACAAUAACAUCCAACCUGGCGCUUCCUAUGGUCCAAGCAUCUUUGACGGCCUUGACAUUACAGUCAUUAGAGACUAUUCAAGCUGCAUUGCACUUCUUGAGGGACUUCCUCGACUUUGGGUUUGACAAGCCGCCGAUUUCGAACUUCAACGGCCCUGAUGGUGAACCUACGCCUGGAACCACACCUGAAGUGCAAGCUGCCGUGAAGCACGUCCUCAAUACUACUGGACAACAACUCGUCCAUCGUGUUCUGACGGGAAUGAUGUUCAGUUUCCCCGAAGAUUGCUUUCCGGAUGCUUCAGGAGUGCUGCUGUCCUUGUUCAACCUGGCACCAGAGGCAGCCGCCCAAUGGGUGCAAGGGACUCUGCAAUUACUACCGGCAGGCACAUUGAAACCUGCCGAAGCUAAUAAACUCAUGAAGGGCAUCAGCGACAAGCUGCAGCAGAAUGAACCGCGAAAGGUUCGAGUUCUAUUGCAAGACUUUACCAAUUCAUACCGGAGGAGGAAUGUGGCGCCCCGAGAAGGGCUCGGACGAUUAGAAGCGACCAGAUUCAGAUUUGGCGGCUGAUCAUGCAGUAGGGAAGGUUGAUGGAACUCGUAUGCUGUUCGGUGCGUGGUUCUUCUUCCAUCUUCGUUGGCAAGCUGUCGCUCUCCGAGCUUUGGCGCUAUCGAGUAUACUCACAUUCUAAAAUUACAUGAGGAUGGACAAAUUUGGCGGCCUCACUGCGGCAGUUACAAUUGCCAUCAUGGCAUUCCGAACUCAACAAUCAGAUAGGGUCACAAUGACGAGACAAGAACGACAAUCUCAUGAGUUACGCAUCCCAGGGUUUUGGAGAUACAUCAGUAUCCCUGCCGGCACAUACUUAGACAACCCCCCAAAUCGGCGAUAGAGCUAGAGCUUGAACCUCGACGAAGCGCCUCCCAGGUUCUAUGCCUCGCAAGGUCGGUUCCAGCUGAUAGACAUCACGCGGGCGAGAUGCGAGCUUGACAGGAGGUCUGGCCUGGCAGAGCUUUUGACGUCAAACAAUGUUUGACCUGUGACGGGAAGCCACCAUGCAGUAUCCCAAGGGACAUCGCGGCGGGGACGAGCUGUAUAUGACGACGAUGAUGAUGACCACGCUGUACGAGAUGGUGUAGAAAAAGUUCUGGAAUUUGUUGUUUGAGAUCCCGCCUUGAGAUCUCGCCCAUUCGCCUGCAUGUGCAUAGGGGGUCGAGCGAUCCUUUACAUGCCUCGUAUCUAUGUUAAGGUGAUACCAGAUGAGAUCUCUGAUCCUGGUUAUGAUGCCAAAAUCUUCCACAGAGACAUGCGUAUCGAUUUUCCAAUAGAAGUUCCAC